AUUUAAUAAGUUUAGAAUUUAGUUUGAAUAAGAAUUAUCAUGUCUCUAGAAUGUCCUUCUAAUCCGGUAUACAAUAUCUCAGUGGAGCAAAAGCUUAAAUCAAAAAAUGCCGCCAAGAUACGACGUUAUGGCAAUGAAAAGCUAAGGGAUAUGCUAAGAGAGAAAUGUAUAAUACGUGCCAAAGAGGCUAGACAACAGUGCUAUUCCCAGACGCGCAUUGAUGAAGAUGCAAAGUCAUUGCUAAGCAAGAUUUCCAUUAGCGAUAUAUUGCGCCAAGAAUUGGCCGAACUGGAGCACGACAUUGAAUUGCAGGAUGCCAUUUAUAAUGAAAUUCUGGAUGAAUUCAAUGAAUGGUUUGUUCAGGAAUUUGAAGAUGAAGCCAAUUAUUUACUAGAGGUUGCUGAAUCCCAGGAUCUCGUAUGUCCCGUUUGCCAGGUUAACAAUUUGGUGGCUUAUACCACAAAAGAUCAGCACUUUAACUAUCGUUGCAAAUGCAAUGCCAACUUUUUAUUCGCCUCGGAUUCUGGCUCCCUACAUUCAGAGUUGCUGGCACGCAUUGAUGCCCAUGAAAAAAACUGCUUAAGCAAAUUAAAUUUCUAUGUUGAUCCUUUGAAUUCACAAUUAGAAGCCUUAUGUGAUAAUUGUGAUUAUUUUUGUAGUCUUUAGUAAGGCCUUAAGGGCACUUUUAUU